AGGAGGGUCAUUCUAACGUCGUCUUAUAUCAGAUAAAAUGGUUUUCGCGUACCCAUUAGUUCAUGAGCGCUCUUAGUUCAUUACCAUAUGUACUCGUGUUGGUGCGUUCGCCCCGUAGCAGCCGUCGGGCUUCUCUGCCUUGUACUUGCGAUCGAGUCCAGACCUGCGGAGAUAGAUCUACUAGUCGACCGAUCCGGAUCCUUCCCUUCCGUCUCACGCUGCUUGCUCGGGACGGGAACCGGAGGUGGGGUUGCGAUGGCGCUGCAGUACGUGGAGGCGCAGCGGCAGUUGCGCCCGGACCUCUCCGACUGGUACGCCUCCCUCGCCGACCUCUACCAGCGGAAGCUAUGGCACCAGCUCACCCUCAAGCUCGACCAAUUCUUACAGCUCCAGGUCGCACAGACCGGAGACACUAUCAUUCAGCUCUACAACAAUUUCAUUGUCGACUUUGAGACCAAGAUUAAUCUGCUCAAACUUGCCCAUUUUGCGGUGAUAACUUCUCGCCAGUACCCUGAUAAGGAUGCUGCAAUUACUUUCUUAGAGGGGGUGAUCACAAAGCUGCGUGAGACAAGGGAGUCACGGAUCAAUGAACCAAUUCUCUAUGUGAAGAUGCAAAUUGCAGCUAUUAAUCUUGAGAAAGGAAACAAAAAAGAGUGCAAGAAUUUGUUGGAAGAUGGGAAAACCACUCUGGAUAGUAUGACUGAUGUCGAUCCCACAGUUCAUGCUAGCUUUUACUGGAUAUCAUCUCAAUACCACAAGGCCUGCCAAGAAUUUGCAGAGUUCUAUAAGAAUGCUCUUCUCUAUCUGGCCUACACAACUGUGGAGUCUCUAUCUGAGUCAUUCAAGCUAGACUUGGCUUUUGAUCUAUCUCUAGCAGCCUUGCUGGGUGAUAACAUUUACAACUUUGGGGAGUUGUUAGCUCACCCGAUUAUCAAUAGUCUUAUUGGAACUAAGGUGGAGUGGGUUUAUCAUAUGUUACAAGCAUUCAACAGCGGCAACCUUGCCCUCUACCAAGAACUUUGCAGGGUUCACAAUGCUGCUCUUACUGCACAACCAGCUUUGGUGCAGAAUGAGCGGAAGCUGCUUGAGAAAAUCAAUAUUCUUUGUCUGAUGGAGAUAAUCUUUAGUCGGCCAUCUGAAGAUAGAACUAUUCCAUUAAGUGUUAUUGCUGAGCGGACUAAGCUUUCAAUCAGUGACGUGGAAUGUCUUCUUAUGAAGAGCCUCUCGGUUCAUCUUAUUGAGGGAAUAAUUGAUGAAGUGGACAGUACAGUUCACGUAUCAUGGGUCCAGCCUAGAGUGCUUGGAAUUCCACAGGUUAAGGCUUUGCGCGACCGCCUGGAUGCCUGGGUUGGAAAGGUGCAUACCACAUUGCUUUCAGUUGAGGCGGAAACACCUGAUCUUGUUGCUGUGUAAUUUCACAGCUGUUACACUUCCGCGAGAGGCUUGGUCAGCAAGGUCCCAUUUGCAAAAUGUGAGAUGCUUUGUGUGACACGUAGUCAUUUUCUGGAUAAUGAGAUCUGCUGCUGCCCUGAGCGUUUGUCUUCCUGCGCCUACUGAUCAGGACAUGUAAUUUCUUUUUUGGUGCCCUCAGGACAUGGAUGGUUAGAACUGCACGCAGUGUCACGGAGACGGGACCAAUGGAUUGAAAAUUUCAUACUAGUAGGGUGUUACUAGUAGAACACGAUGCAGGAGAAUCUUGCUGGAACAUGAGUUGUGCCUGAUGUUUGCAUGUUGCACUGCGAUAAGACGUGGAUCAUCAUUAACAUAUUAGCUGUUUUUCAGUGCACAUGGCUCUUACCGAUCGCUAAUGUUGGUCAUCUGUUAAAUCUGUUAAAGCUACUGCAUGAACUAUACCAGGGCACACAAUUAAAGGUAGGAUACAUUCUCCUCUUGCCAUGAUGUAACACUUCAAAAUUGAGUUUGGAGAUUAGGCAAAUUUUCUUU